ACCCCCAGCAGCAGCAGCAGCACCCCCACCCCCAGCAGCGGCCGCAGCAGCAACAACAGCAGCAGCACCACCCGCAGCCCCAGCAGCAGCAGCAGCAGCACCACCCGCAGCCCCAGCAGCAGCAGCAGCAGCAGCAGCAGCAGCAGGAGCAAGAGCAGGAGCAGCAGCAGCUGACCGUGCCAGAGCGCCUGGCGGAGGCGGGAAGCAGCAGCAGCGAGUUCGUUGAGGAGUGCUGCUGCUGCGCCUCCGAGGACAAUGAGAGCAACAGCAGCAGCAUCGAGGGCCAUCAAAACCACUUUGUCGUUAUUUAUAUAAACUCCCCAAAUGAAAGAAGUCACUGCAGCAGCUCCCAUCGAACAAGCUGCAUGCAAAGCAAUCCCCAACUCCCGAAUCGCCACAAACCCGAAGCUCAGCGCCAGCAGCACCAGCGCCCAGCUGCAGCAGCAGCAGCAGCAGCAGCAGCAGCAGCAGCAGCAGCAGCAGCAGCAGCAGCAGCAGCAGCAGCGGGGGCGGCGGCAGGGGGAGCGGCAGCGGCGGAGCAGCAGCAGCAGCGGGGGGGGGAAAGCAGCAAAGCAGCAGCAGCAGCGGGAGAAGUAGGAGCAGCGGGAGCAGCGAUGCAGCGGCAGCAGCAACGCAGCAGCAGCACAGCAGCAGCAGCAAAGCAGCAGCAGCAGCAAAGCAAGGCAGCACACAUUAAAUUAAUGGGGAUAAUAAAUUAA